AAAAACAGCUUUGGAGGCACUAGUCGAUUCAAUGCCGUUUCAUUGUAUUCACGAAUGUUUUCUCUAUUCUACUGAAUCAUUCGCAAAAAUUUUUCAAUCAGAUCCAGGAACCUGACUUUCUAGGGUUUAGGUUUUAUAGAGACUUAAUGUUCAGUAAUUUUAAUGACAUUUCACACUCCUCAGGAAUUAAAACUUUUUCAGCUGCUUAAGUCACAUUUUAGAUCUCCGUACAUUAUCACGAUCGAAUAAAAACAACAUCAGUACCAUUUGAGAAGGAUUUAGGAAAAUGAAAUUAUACAGAACGAAUAUAGGUUCGGAACUUUCCUAAACUCUGUUGGAUAUUUUAAGACACGAAGAAAGAUUUUUCGAAAUAGUCUUUGGUUUUGUACACGACUAAAAAGGUCUUUUAACGGUGCUACUAAACUCAAAAGGGUUUAAUAGUCAUUUUCGUAAACCUUUUACUCUUCUAAACCCUUUUUUUAAAGUUUAGUGAAGUACACUUUUUUUAGUAGAGAGUAGACGCUUGAUGUUUGUACUCACUGUAUAUUGAAAUUAUCGAUGACAAGUAGUGAUGCUCAUAAUGUACUUCUAAAAAGUUCCUUUAUUCAUCCGUCAUAGUACGUUUUGAGUAAGCUUUCCAAGAACAGUUUAAAAUUUUUUUUACAUAAAGCAAACACUGAAUUUUCCCUAAGAAGUAGGCAUGCACCGAUAUUUAUCGGUAUAGUUUCCUCUUGUUCUGAAUCAGGUUGACUGAAAAGUACAAACUAUCAAAGUUUUCUGACGACUCAGUUUUGCAGAGUAAACAUCUUUUUAUAAAAUGAGACACAGCGCAACUCUUCAUCUUUCUGCCAAAAUCGAUUCUCGACGAAAAGGCCUAAACCGGUAUCAAUACCGAUCGUGGGAUGUUUAGUAAAUAUUUUUUAUCUGAGUAUUGAUUCAGAUUGGAAAGUGUCGCUAUACCUUAUUCUGUAGAGAAAUGUGUGUUCUAUAAGAUUAAGUCAUCAAAAAGUUUUAGAAGAUUCUUCUGCGAUAUAAAAACUUUUUCAUAAAAAAACACAGAAUUGUAACAGGUAAAUAUCGGUGCAUGCCUACUGAGAGGUAAGCUGCAAUGUCGUUUUGCUAUAGGUCAACUAUAAAUAGAUUCCAUUGCGAAGAUGAGCAAGUUUUGGAUUCAGAAGUAGUUAGAUUUGCUUGUCUCUGUUCCAUUCAAGCUUUUUCAUACGAAAGAAGCGCUGGCUAAUUCAGAAUGUUAAUUAUGCUAAUUUAGUAGUUUUAUUCCUACAAGAACACCAUUGAUGACACAAAUUGUAUAAAUUAUUGUUUAGUACAGAUAUUAUACAUUUUCUAUAGACACAAUAAUCUACUUUUUUUCUUUAAUGCCACGUUAAAUUUGUGCUAUGUGUAGAUGGCAGUACGCUCAACUAAUACUAAUUAGACAUAUCUAGAGGAAAAAAGUGGCAAAUGGUUAGAUAAAACAAUGGAGACGAAAAAUAUUCCAUUUUCUGAAGAAUAUUUAGGCAAUUCUAUUAACAAUUGCAAGUUACAGUUAAAACUAUCCUACUAGACAAGGGUGAAUCAGCAUAUUUGUAUAGUUUUUCUAUUUAGACGUUGGUCGGUCGUCCGAUAGUGGUGUACCAGUAAAAUUUGCUGAUAAUACAUUCAGUGUGCUUGUUAAAAAUGAAAUUGUUCGAUUAUUAGAUGCACACAGAAAAACGUUGACAUAUAACAAUGAGAAUGGUGUAAGAAGUUUAACGUAUCAGAUAACAGAAAGUAUAAAAACAUUGGUAUAUCAACAUAUAAAAGACAAUUAUAAAGUGAUUAUUCAAGUUAUAUCUUAUCCAAAACAAGAACAAAAUAAUCUACUUAUUAUGAGUAGAUGUUUAUGGGAUUAUAAAUCGGAUGAUGUUUUAACAAUUGAGUUAGAAACGGAUUUAUUUAAAUUUGUUAUCGUUAUUCAUGGUAUUGUAUCAUGA